UCAUUGGGUGCCAAAAAAAAUGGCGGAGUCGGAGGAGGAGGUGGACGUCUUGGUCCAGAGAGUUGUCAAAGACAUCACCAACGCCUUCAAGAAGAACCCCAACAUUGAUGAGAUCGGCGUGAUCCCGUGUCCGGAGGCGCGCUACAACCGCAGUCCCAUCGUGCUGGUGGAGAACAAGCUGGGCGUCGAGAGCUGGUGCGUCAAGUUCCUGCUGCCAUAUGUCCACAACAAGCUGCUGCUCCACCGCCAGCGCAAGCACUGGCUGGACCGGGAAGCCUUGGCGGAUAUCACCUGCACCCUGUUGCUGCUGAACCCGGACUUCACCACCGCAUGGAACGUCAGGAAGGAGCUGCUGCAGUGCGGAGCUCUCAGCCCAGAGAAGGACCUCUACCUGGGCAAGCUGGCCCUCACCAAAUUCCCCAAGAGCCCGGAGACGUGGAUUCACCGACGCUGGGUGCUGCAGCAGAUCCUGCGUCAGUUCUCCGCUGCGGGCCGCGGCCGUAAGCAUCAGCAUCAGCAGCCCGACGCGGAGCGGAGCCAGCGGCCCAGCGAGCACCUGGCCAGGACGCUCCAUCAGGAGAUGAAGGUGUGCUCCGACGCCGCCUGCCGCUAUCCCAGCAACUACAACGCCUGGUCGCACCGCAUCUGGGUGCUGCAGCACAUGGCCAAUGGCAACGUCAAGGUGUUCCAUGAUGAGCUGUCUUCGAUGCGCUUUUGGGUGUCCAUGCACGUGUCUGACCACAGCGGCUUCCACUACCGCCAGUUCCUCCUCAAGGAGCUGAUCACGGAGAUCUCCCAGACUCCAGCUUCCACCACCACCACCAGUUCACCCCAGCACCAGUGCAGCACAGUCCCCAGCAGCAGUCCCCCCCCACAUCCCGACCACGACCAGGCCAAUGGGGAGCUGUCGGGGGCGGAGGCAGCGGGCGAGGAGGAGAAGCAGCUCGGCCCUACCACGGUCCUUCAACUCUUCCACCAGGAGGUGGAGCUGUGCUCUGACCUGAUCCAGUCCUUCCCUGGUCACGAGACACUGUGGAGUCACAGGCGGCAUGUCUAUUACUUAUGGCACCACUGGAGGGGGGAACACCAGCAACACUGCGGCAGCAACGGAGGCGGCGAGCCAGACCGCCUCAACAACGGCGACCCGGGACUGCUGAAGGCCUGCGCUCCGAGCCCUGCGAGCGAGGGGGGGGCGGCGGGGGAGAGCGUGAAUGGACAGAGGCACGUGGGCGACGCGAUGGAGGUGGACGGAGCGUCCCUGCCAAACCCGCGCGACAGCAAGCGGCUGAAGAGGGGCGUGCUGCCGCCCAGCACCCCCGCCCUGCCCGCCGAGCACAGCUUUGUGAGCGGGAUCCUGGACAGCUGCUCGAACCCCGAGCAGAGACGUUUCGCCCUGGCGUACAGGAAGUGGUUGGACACCGUCAUUGGUCACCAGCCUUGAGGGAGGGGGGGAGGGAGGGAGAACAGUUAGCCCCGUCAGUCUCUCAACGUUGGGAGUUGCCUUUAGACACAGAUUUAGGAUCAGCUUACCUUCCCGUAGCGCUGACUUUAACUGCUAGUGCUUGUGAUGCAGUGCUGACUUUAGAAACCAGCCACUGGGGGCAGCGUGGCCCCUGUCCCCGUUCUCCUGACGGUGAGCACAGAGGUCCUGAUGAGUAAGGACACCCGGUCAGUUUUCAUCCUCGGAAACAUCUGGAUUCUCUGGAGCCAGAACCCCCUUCAGAAUGGAAAUGUGCACACGGACCCUGCAGGCUGGCUACGAGUCUGUUGGUAGAGUCUCUUAUUCCAGCUGUCCGAAUGCCUCAGGUCAACUUGCCACUGCGUUUUACAAGAAACAAAUGUUUUUACAUCUCCACGUCGUACUUACUUCCUGUUCAACUAUGGGGGCAAUGACUUUGCAGAGCAGAGUUUAUUCUUAACGCUGACAGUUGAUUGAUGGUAUGGAAUGCAAAAAAAGCUAUUAAAUACAAACGCAUUAAAAAGGGGGGCAUUUUUAGGUUCAGUGGAGGAAAAAUUAAUUCCAAUACAAAUAUGCAAGUGAUGACACAUUUCACAGCAAUGAGUUCAGUUUUAAUACGCUAACUUCCAUUUAUUCAUACGUCAUUAUCUUGUAUUUUUUGGGCUCUUUGGAGUUAAUAAAAACUAUUAGAAUGCAUUAAAGGGGAACUCCACCCAAAGGAAGAAUUCCACCAUGUUUUUCUCAUGUCGUAGGAAAGCUCUGUCAGUAUUUGUGAUCAUGAGCCGCUCUUUCAAACUUGAAAUGUCAUCAGGUAUAAAGUCUAGAGCUGCUCCACAGACAAUGAAUAGUUUCUUCUUCUUUUAUUUACCCUCAUGAGUUUAACUUAACUAAGAUUUAGUACUUGAUGACUUUUAGCGCUGCAGUUUCUUGGAUUUGGGAGAGUUGUUCAUGUUUAUUCAUAUUUUUGGACUUUCUUAAAUGACAAAAAUAACAUGUAGUAGUUCAUUUUUUGGGGCUAUAAUUCCCCUUUUAAUGCUCUACUACAAUAUUUCUGAGAAUCUUUUUUCCAGCUUCACAUUCCAAACCUUUUUGAUGAAUGCGUUAACAUUCACUCGUGUUGCAGUGGCAGGUUUUAAGCACAGCCAGACUCCUGUUUCUUUACAUUUCCAUUCUGAGGGCGGUAACAUUUAUUAAGCACGUCUUCUUCUCGUCCUCCUUUCUUCUGCUGCUCCCAGGUCAGGUCUUUACUGGUUAACGCUGCCAGUAAGUCCCACCUAUGUAGCUAAUUGCCAGUAGCUUGCAACAGAAAGCCAAAAACAAAGCUAGUCGUCAGCUAAAUAACAGGUCCAAGUCCCGGCUAACUAGCGAGUCUUACCUUCCACUAACUCCACAGGCGGAGGAGCGCUUUAGCGGUGCUGAUGUUGGACUUUGAAGGACGGAGCACUCGGGAGGCGAGUCUCCCCGACAUUCACUGGUGCUACAUGCUGCCGUUUCUACUUUACCCGUUACUGAGAACUAAGCAGCACUUUGGACUAUUUGAUGAUUAUAGGCAAUCAUUGUUCUUUGGGGUGAACUACUUUUCUUUUUUAAUGACGUCUGUUACUUUGCGCUGGGCUAGUUGAGGGUAGUCCUAGCUGCUUUCAUGUCUCUACCCUGUACCAACAUAGAGGGAAACAUCGAAAAGGUCUAUACAUUGUGUGUUCUUUCGUUUUGUUUGUUGAGGAAUAAUUUAUAGCACGCUCUUAAAGGUUGUGACAUGCUGUAUCUGUACAGUCCAUCCCUUCAAAGGAGAAGCGAAGUCCCUCCCCCUUGCGAGUCCCCACCUUAUUUCUGAAAAUAAUACGUGCUGUAGUCAACGGCAGAGGCAAUUUUUGUUAUCCUGUUUACAUUGUGCCAGGAAGUUUGUGAAUUUAAAAGUCCAAGUUUGUCGUAGUACCGUUUAGUUUAGUUUGAAACCGCUUGUCUCGCACGAUAGAUGUCGCCAACAGCUAGCUAGCUUAGCUACGUUCCGUGCACAAACACAACGUGGUCUUACCUGAUGGUGCGCGGCCAUCCUGGUACCAAACACACAGGAGAGAGUCACGUGUGUAGAAUACGUUUUUACGACACACUGACAUGCAUAUCAUCUUUUUAAUUGUCAUCGGCACAAUUCUAACAGAAAAUGGUGUCCCUUGCCGUUCACUACCCACAUUUUAAUUAUUUUUCAAGUCGGAAGGGGCGGGUCUUUGCCUUCGCCGCUCUACAAUGUAGAAGGUGAUGAAAUGAAAGCUCCUCCCACCACACGGCCUCAUCUGUCGAUCUCAUCUGAAUUUGACUCCAAUGAGGUGUUCCAGAUGGUUUCCUAGAACACAGGAUUCAAACGGGCGGUUGUUGCUCGCCGUUUAGCUUCGCCGGUGACGAGGUCGCCGCACACGUGAACAAAUGCAUACAUUUACACAGGGGGAUGUUGUUCCAUCAGUGUAGCCAUGGAAACAUUAGCAUUCACUACAUGCACCAUGUGGUCACGUGCGUCCUGCAGGAGCAUUGGUCCCAUUGGGGGGCCCUUGAUGCAGUUUGGGCACCAUCACAUAUAGAGGUACGAUCGGGUCGCCUGCAUUGGCUGCUGUUUUGGUGGCCACUGUGCACAGGCUUGCUAGCCAGAAUGACCCCAUCACACUGUCUCCAUGUGCUUCCAUGUAAUCCUUAGCACGUUGUACUUGGCUCCUCUUAGAAACUACAAUGUUACGAAGUAAGACACUUGAUCACCUCAAAAUCACUGUGUACAUAGAUAAUCUUGAAACUAGUAUUUUUGAGCCAUGUAUUCUUUGGGUUUGUUUAUUGAUAUCAGAACUGUAUGGGGGGGGGGUGUAUUUUAACAACCGUGCAGACCUAGAACACAAACUUUGAAUACAAGACUAUCUAUGCAGAAAUGUUUUUUGUUUUUGUUUUUAAAGGUUCAACAAGCUUUUAAAAAGAAUAAUGUAGCUUCUGUUUUUGUUCUAAUUUAUUCUCAAGUUUACUUCAGUGGAGGGAAUGUCCUCCAUGAAUAAUCCCUAGCAUCUCAUUAAUUUUCUAUUUAUUUAUAGAGGUAAAGUCUUUUAUCUUCACUUUCAGUGUUUUGUCAUAUGCUUACCAAGAAAAUAAAGCUCAUCUGGGAUUGUG